UUUCUGCUCCGUACACGACUGCAGAGAGAAAAAACUGAAGCCUGUCCUUCCACCUUUUCUGUUUUCUCCCAAAUUUUCUGCAUAAUUAGGGUUUGAAAUGUGGAGGGAGAAUGGAAGGCCUUGAAGAAAAGACCUCACCAUCGAAUUCGCCCGAAGAAAUAAGUUCAGAAUUUCGAUCUCCGAAACCUGAUCCAGAGCUUCCCUCCGAUUCUGAUCCUGUAGCUGAGAUCUCAAUCUCCACUCUCCCUGAAGAGCUACGGAGUCUCGCUGUGAAAGAGGAGGUGAAGGAGGAGGAGGAGGAGAAGGAGGAAGAGGAAAAGGAUAGCGGGAGCGGCGGAAAUGGUGGGAAUCUGGAGGUGAAGGAGGGCGAGAAGGAGAAGGAUCGGGAGAGUGAACAGAAUGGCGAGGACAGUGAGAACGAUGCGGAGAAGAGGGACUACAAGGACGAGAACGAGAAUGAGAAUGCUGGAGACGAGUCGGUGGCGCCGAAGGAGAGGGAGGUGGAGGGAGCGAGGAGAGGAGUGCCUAAGUUUCCGGUCAGGCCUGGUGCGGAAGAUUGCUCGUACUAUCUUCGAACUGGGAUGUGUAAGUUCGGAUUGAAUUGCAGGUUCAAUCAUCCUCCUCGGAAGAGAAGCCAGGCUGUCAAGGAGAGAAUGAAAGAAAAGGAAGAAUUUCCACAAAGACCAGGGCAGCAAGAUUGCAAGUAUUACCUGAGAACAGGGGGCUGUAAGUAUGGAAAAGGGUGUAAAUACAAUCAUACACGAGGAAAACCUGCUCUGGCUGCAGUUUUAGAGUUUAACUUUUUGGGCUUGCCAAUCCGACCGGGUGAGAAAGAAUGCCCUUACUACAUGCGCACUGGCUCCUGCAAAUAUGGAUCUAAUUGCAGGUUUAAUCACCCUGAUCCCACAACAGGUGGAGGGUGUGAUUCCCCUUCAAGUGGAUCGGUUUCUUUACAGGGAGCUUCACAAUCAACUAUCGCAACCUGGCAUUCAGCAGGGACCUUAAAUGAGACUGCUCCUUUCAUGCCUGUAAUGUUUUCGCCAACCCCUGCCCCAAAUCCUGAAUGGAAUGGGUAUCAGGCUUCUAUUUAUUCACCAGAAGGGAAUAUGCAUCAAACCCCAGCCUAUGUAAUGACUAGCUCCACAGUGGAAAAGAGUGUAUAUACAGAUCAGCAGAUGGGUGGUGAAGAAUUUCCUGAACGACCCGGCAAACCUGAAUGCAGCUAUUACCUAAAAACUGGGGACUGUAAAUAUAAAUCUGCAUGCAAGUAUCACCAUCCGAAAAAUCGAUCCCAAAAGUCACCUCCUCCGUGUACUUUCAGUGACAAAGGCCUGCCAUUGAGACCUGAUCAGAACAUCUGCACAUAUUACGAGCGUUAUGGGCUAUGCAAGUUUGGACCUGCCUGUAAAUUUAACCAUCCAAUAAAUCAUAGCCCCUCCAUCCCUUCUGCCAUGUCUGGACCAGCACAGCUUCCUUCUUUUGGUAACUCUGCAAGCACAGAUGGGCAUAGAAUGGCUGGAAACGGGAACAGAAGCGAGGGCCUCAUCCAGCAGCCCGUUUAGGAAUUUUUGCAGUGAGUGCAAUUUAGUGUUUUAGUCCCAUGUUACAAGGAUAUUUUAUUUUCUUUGCAAAGCAUGGAAAUGCUAUUUAUCUUGUCUAGUUGCGACAAGCUUUUCAGAGAAUGCCAUUGCGACUUCAUAUUCUUAUUUUGUCUCCGAGAAACCUUAGAAAAGGAAAGUGUGUAAAUUGCCGUAUUUCAAGUAAUUGUUAAUUAGUGAACAACCAAGCUUUGGCACAA